AUGGAUAAAAAGAUAGUGCGCAAAAGGCCGCUGCCUGGGGGUCGCCGGGGCGCGUCUGGAGCUGGCGCUGGACGCGGCAGCAUGCGGGCCGCCAGCCGAGCGCGAGGAGCUGCACGGUCAUCUACCAGCCCUCCGCAUCCAUCAUCCCCACCAGAAGGCUUGGUGUCGGCUGGGUCUUCUCGGACUCAGCAAGCGGCACCCGCCGCUGGUGGAGCACGUCGCAUGCGUUGGUCACAAGAAAUGAAUGCAAACGCACUGCGGGCGUACUUUAGGGCAAAAGGGGAAGAAACUGGAUGUUUGGCGUAUCGGGCUAGGAUGCAUCGUCUUUUUGCUGAGCUGGAGCCAUCUUUAAUCGUCACAGAGCAAAACCUGGCAGACCGAGUUCGGUAUAUCUUGCGCUCAAAUAUAUUUGAUGUCGCCGAACUCGAACGGCUACGACGUGAGGCUGUUCCCUCGUCGGAUGAGAAUGCUACGGCUGAGGAUGCGGCGCCACAAAUGGUAGAGCAACCCGCAAACGUGGAUGCAGCCGUGAAUACCCCAGUUGUGGUUGAUUCAAACGAUGAUGGAACAGUCGCCCAGGAACUGGAAUUAGAGCAUAUGAGGAGUAUAUUGGAAGAGGCGAUUGUGGAAACGCGCAGUACGCCUCUCGAAAAUCGACCGCGACUUCCCCGCAUAGCCCUAAGCAAGCGGAAUCGGGCUGUCGUGAGGGCUCUGAACCCAAUGCUGGUUACCUAUUUGGAAGCCAGCCGGGACCUUUGCGAGACGGACUCAAUUCUUUUUGGCGCCGCGCUGGCAGUCUGCCGUAUCAUAGGCGCCAAGGUUUCCACGGCUGGACGCGCUACUGGCCAUAGUAGCGCUAUCCCAGCAUGGAGAAGAAGAAUUGAGGAACGUAUCGCAAAGGCUAGAGCUCUCAUCGGCAGACUGAUAUGCUUCAGAUCAGGCAACAACAGGCCAAGAAUUGUGCGCACCGUCAGGAUGGCGUUUGCUGGGACAAAUGUCAGUUUGUCCCAGCCGGAUAUAACGCAAAAACUGACGGAGCGCAUAGAUGAUCUGAAGCAGAGAAUCGCUGCUUGGGGAAAGCGGAUUCGGCGAUAUACCGAGAGGUCGACACGGUUCAACCAGAAUCGUCUCUUCCAGAGUGAUCAGAAGAGGCUCUAUGAAUCAUUGGAGCGACCAAUGGUAAGUGGAACGGGUCCAGCACCGGAUCAGGCCGACACUGUAGCAUUCUGGCGCGGCCUGUGGUCAGAGCCCGUAAACCACAGCGAGGGCCCUUGGACGGAAGUUGUGGCGAGUCAGUGUGCGGGUAUUACGCCCAUGGACCCCGUCAUCAUAACGCCGGAUGACGUAGCUGAGGCGGUUCGUAGGGCCCCGAACUGGAAAAGUCCGGGGCUUGACGGGCUGCAUCACUACUGGCUGAAGGGGUUCAUGACUAUGGACAAACAUUACGCCAGCAUCCUACCACCGGCCAAUGGUUAA